CUAGCACCUGGGUAGGGUGGCUGGGUCUGGGUGGCGCCGCUGGCACCGCUGGCUACUGGUGCAUGCUGUGGCGGCCAUGUGGCGGCUGUGACCAAUGCAUUGGUACGGCAGUGGGCUCGGUGGGCUGUUGGUGCAGGUGCAGUGUGCUACCAGUCCACUGCGUGCGCGGUAGCGUUAUGGUGGACGCUUAUAAAGCUUCGGUGGUUGUGCAAAGCCGUAGUAAAUGUGGCUAGGCUGGUAUUGUGGAAGGCGUGACAUGCGCCCCAGCCGAAGAGCUUCAAAAUGCAUGUCCGUGUCAGCAGUAACGACAUGUCGUUUGGUGGGACCAUGAACCUAGCGACAAAAAACGAAGUAGAGCACGAGUGGAAAGAUAUGCCUAAUGGGGCAUCCACUGUUCCUGCCAGUCGAUUUCAUAGCUACCAUGGACGUAACCUCAUUUUGUGUGACAACAACAUGGUUGCCUACCGCAAGACAAGCUUUGCCCAUGCCUUGGCGUUCUCUGAGCAACCACUCCUUCCAGGCGAAAUCUUUCUUUUAGAAAUCGCACAAAAUGAGCGAGGAUGGAGCGGCCACAUGCGACUUGGCCUAACACAGCACAAUCCCGGUUGCCACUUCCCACUGCCCCAGUAUGCUUUGCCAGAUUUAGCCAACAUGGGCCACUCCUGGGUUUUUGCCAUUCACAACUCGGAACUGGACUCUGAGCAUCUUGGCAGUUCACCUUACGAACGGCUUGACCCUUCCACAUCAGUUUUGGGCACUGGUGAACACAUCUACACAAGCCGGGGUGUUGUCCCACGAAGCAUGUUGCUUCCGACAAAGCGACCUAGGGCACCUGUGGGUGGCGAGGACGGUGUCACAGACUUUUCUGGUGAAGGGACUUCCAUCAGCUCUGGCCUUGGCAGUUGUGGAAAGUCAAGCAUUCUUCCAACAGAUGUCGGAAGUCGAAUUGGUGUCAUGUAUGUGACCAGGGGUCAGUCAGCUGAUAUGCACUUCAUCAUCAAUGGGGAAGACCAGUUGUACGCAACAGAUAUCCCUCACCAAGAUGCCCCUCUCUAUGCUGUUGUAGAUGUCUAUGGCACCACCAAGCAUGUUCGCAUUGUGCAGCUUUAUGGUGUGGUGGCAUCUUUGCAGAGUGCCUGCCGUGAUGCCAUCCUUCAACAUAUAUCAAGCUGUGCUGUGCGCACUUUGCCACUUCCACGCAAGCUCAAAGAGUACCUGUGUUAUCACUCAUCACGGCCACAGUAAGCACUUUGCAGCAACUCCAGCUGAAGACCACUACUUCUGCCUCAUAAUAACAAAAAAUCCUUGGUAAUUUCAGAGCUUCUUCUCAAAUAAGUUGUUAUUGUUGUUGUUGUUGUUGUUGUCGUGGAUAGGGAUUGUGCCUAUGCAAUUCCUGUCAUAAGGGCUUUCUCCCUGUGUGCCAUGCAAAUGGAGCAUCUUUUGUUAUCUGUCUUGUAUUGAACUGUUUCAUGAUGUUGUGAAGUCUAUUAUUUAUCUUGCGUGUAAUAAAGUUUAAGAUGGACUCUGCACAGUUACUAGCGGUUGUUUUCUAUGGUUGCAGUUAGGUUUGAAGUAUCUUUAUCACCGUGGGCCGCACUUCUUGAGGUGGUGGUAGCUAAAAGAAGAGGAAGCACCAACUCACAAAUUUUGUUAACAUUCUAGGGACCUGCGCUAUGAUAUUUGUGAAUUAUGCUUGUAUGUGUGGGCUCCCUUAAGUCAGAAUUUUUCCACAUAGUGACCAGUGAUUGUUGUGCAGAGUAUUCUGCAGUGUAUUUAGUGAGUCUAUUGUAUUUUCAUAUGCACUACAUUACCUAAUAGCUUGGCACCAAUUGCUGAGCAUGUGUAUUAUGGGAUUUUUCCACUGUAAACCCUUGUAGGGGCAAUAUAUGAGAUGUGGCCAGCCAUCACGCUAUCUUUGAGCAUGCUUUCUAGGCAUUUUUAGUAAACUGAAUGUUAAAUGUUGCUCUGCACUAUGCUGAAGUUGUUUUGUAGGCUACUACUGGAGACAGUGAAAUGUAGGCAGUAAAAGCCUUGUGGAAAUAAUUUUUAUGGCUAGUUUUAUGGAGAAGUAUCUUGCAAUUGAGAAAUAAGUUGAGUGAUGGGAAAGUAAUACAUUAUAGUCUUACGUCCUACUCAUUUCUGAUGUUUGUAGAAUGGUGUGUGUUGACUAGAGAUUAUUUUUGCAAUGUUCAAGAUGUCAAACCUGUUAUAGGUGAUAACAGAGGUUUUUGAAAAUUGAGGUAGAAGUCCUUACAUCCCAUGUUUGUCCACAUGGUCCUAAUUUAAAUUGCCUCUCUCACAUUUUCUCUCUUUUUGUUCUUUUUUUUUUUUUGUCACUUGCUAUAUUCAAUCCUGACCUGGGAAAAAAAAUAUGGUUGUUGUCAAAGCCUGUUGCUGUCUUGAAAAGAAAGGCUUUGAAUUUUUGCAGUUGAAAUCUCCACACUUUGGUUGUUAUCAGUUAUUGUUCUGAACUGCUUGCUGAGAUGUGCCAACAUAGAUAAAACAUAUAUUUACAGUGUGCUGUUGUUGAGUAGUUGUGUGUAAAUGCUAGCUAACACUAUUUAUGCCUUUCAUGUUCAUGUAUGUAUAUAUUUUAUCCAUUGAGGCAGACAUAAAGAGGUUGUGACUGUGUGAACUCAUAGGUCUGUAGUUUUUGUUCACUUGAGGUCACAUGCUGCAAUGGUCUCACACAAGGCGCAUUACUUCAGCAUUGUUAUAGUGCCAUGUAAGUGCUGUGGCAUGUUGGGUACAAAAUAAUGGGCACCAUGUAAGCAUCACUCAACCAGUCCUACUGUAUGAGUUUGCAGGAUUAGAAUAGGCAUUAUUGCUGGACGUCUUCUUUGUAGCAUGUUUGAAAAGUGCAUGUGUGCUUGCAACUUCACCAAUUUUGGAAGGCUUUCAUUAUCACUGGCGUGUUGAUUUGAGCAAAGGUAUGAAUGAAUGUGCCAUAACUUCAGCGGAGGGUGCGGCUUACUGAUCAUGAAAUAUGGCAAAAAAAAAUCUAUCUUUUUAACAUUCAAAUGCCGUAUUUAUUCGUUUAUAAGGUGGUCAUGAUUACAAGCCAAGGGUGCAGUUGGGGGACCGGAGAAAAUGAACUUAAGUAUGCACACUAAUAUAAGGUGAUAUAGAGUAGCUGACAGAUUAUUCAGAGUUGGCAGGGAUUGCCUGAAAUACCAAAUAAUCAGAAGCCCCCGGAAUAAUCGGUGUGGGUUAUACAGUGUAGACCGCUUAUAACGUAAGUUGCUGGAGUCGCGAAUAUCCGCACUAUAAGCGGUACCGCACUAUAACCAAAGCAACGAUUUUCAAGGCCUGCACAUAUGCAAAGCAUGUGCACCGAGCCGCCACGCACAUGCGACAGUCGAGGAAUGCGGCUAUGUAACGUUUGUAUUCAAUUUACAGUCUAAUCUCGUUAAUUCGAACCAAAUCACGCGGCGGCGCGUUCGACCGGCAUUGCUCCGGCACCGCCAUAGAGUAAAAGCUUAGGAGAGACCCCUCAAUGUUGGUGCGAAAGAAAAAAAAAAAAAAAGAAUGCGGCGGAAAUUUCACCCUCUCAAAUGGCAAG